AUGGUGAAGAAAGACGAGAACGCGAACCGGCUUGAAAACAAUCUCCAAGAAGCAGCUAAAGACUUGGCUAGCAUGAAAGUCACAUUACCGAAAGUGUUAUCGGAAAGAGAAGAGAUGUGGAAGGAAGUGAAGGAAUGGAGAAAGAGAAACAUGGAUUUGGAGUCAGAGAAGGAGAUGUUGAAGAAGAAGGUAGAGAAUUUGGAAGAGGACACACUGAUUAAAGAAGGUCAGAUCACGAUACUCAAAGACACACUUGGAAGCAAGCCUUUCGAUCUUCUCUCCAGUCCUGACUUUUCAUAUAACGAUUUCUUAGUCCAGUAG